CAUUCGGAUAUGUUCUUCUUUUUUCGACCUUCAAAACAUGGCGGGAUCCCCGGUUCGGAACAGAAAAGAAAGCUUUGGAAAUCGGAACCUAUGGCAGUAUGUCAGUGGCACAGGUAUUCUAAGACCCAAGGAACUUAUUAAAAGGGAACUUGUGAGAAACAGAGAAAAGCUGCUGAAUGGUAUAUUGUUCUACAAGAAACCCAGUGUGCCACAGGGAGAAGCUCUCAAGUCCAAGAAACUGUCCACACAACAAAAGGAGUUCAUUGAGAAACUCACACCUUUUCUGGGUCUGGAUGAGGCACAAAGCUAUGAGAUAUUCUGUUCGUACAUCUACCAAGAUUUCCGUGGAUCACAGAAAAACCUUCAGCUAUGCCUGAGCAGUGAGCGGCACAUGCAGGGCCUGAUGUUGAAGAUCCGGGACUUCUACUACAGUGAGAGACUCUAUCUGCUACAAACCAUCAGGCACAUUCUCACAUUCUGGCCCGAACAAGAGAACCAUCCAUACAGGGAGGAGUAUACUGAGUUUCUCAAUGAACUACUGAACAACAACGAGCUCAUAAAGAGGCUGCUUGACCAACUGGACGGCAUAACUGACGCUCCACCGCCCUCCUGGGAGACACAUGGAAAACUCAUGAAUGAAAGACAUGCUCUUGUGUGGGCACAGCAGAAUUUAAAAGAGCAGGUUGAGUUGUUAGAGAUACUUCUUGUCUACUGGAAGGAUUUUGAAGCCUCGGCAGCGGACUUCACGAAGCUGCUGGACAAGUUCAAGCGUCAGGGGUUUGGCCGGAGACAGAGCUACAAACACAUCCUAGAUGAGCACAUGGAUUCCACACUCAAACAGAUCGGGUCUCUGGAAGUUCUGGUGUUACUGCAGGCCCUGGAUUUAGAAACAGUGGAAAGGCUCAGUACAACACAAAGCUUUGGUGAGCACAGCCUGUUGAAGGAUCAGUCCACAUUUCAGUCUGUGGACCAGGCUAUACAACUGCUGGGAACCGAGCAACCACAUGGUCCCCUGCUCCUUAGCUGGUCGGUCGUGAGGCAACUGUACCUGGACAAUACAGGGAGCCAGUUGACCAGGAAGUUUGGGAACCAGGCCCUACAGCUACAUGUGUUUGACUUCAUCAACGAGGUUCUCAGUAGGGAACCAUUCUCUGGGAAAUCAAUGACGGCCUCUGUCUCCCACUGUCUGAUUUACACCGUCCUACUGGCAGCACUGACCGCUUUUGACGAGACCACCCUCACACGCAACCACAUGGAGAGACAGGUUCUCUAUGACAUAACCGCCAAGUUGAUGGAUAGAGAAUUUAUAGCGAUGAAUGUCUGGAACAAGGGACUGGAUGUUGGUGUAGGUAGCCUGUUCCAGACAGCCUUACUCAACUUUCCGCUAGAUUUCACCACACUGGUCCGCCUCAGUACAGCACUGGCAACAGCCAAUGAAAACAGUGCAUCCAGGGUUUUGGAACUCUGGUCAGAACUUCCACGCUACACAGAGUACUUGGACAGGAACAGCUCCCAGGACAUACGGCCAACCACAGAUAACUCUGUAUGGCAGCUUGCCAGAGAUAAGACUCCUUACGCCUCAGGAGAUUUCCAGAUACCUGCAGGAGUAUAUGGUCAGCUUAUCACAGUUGGACGAAAAUCUGAUCUUGAGAUUCCCAUUAUACAGUGGGAGGUCACUUACAAUGGCUGGGAGCUGCUCAAGGGCGAAAUACAGGAACUACUGCAUCAGAUAGCACACGGGGCAGGUAUGGUCGGGCCUGUACAGAUACAGCGUGUAACAGAAGUGAGCAUGUUUGUCAGGGCGGUGUGUCGGUCCCAGCCGGAAGCUACCAAAGGACUUAGUGACAUUCUCACCUUACUGUACACUGUCAUACACAGGUUUUCAUCAUUCUCACCUGCACCUUUAGAGCUGCUAGCAGCCUGUGUUGACUGUGUCACGUGUGCUGCCAAACUACAGCCACAACAGGCAUGGCAUGACCUGAAGCAUACAGGGUUACUUCCCUUCCUCACAGAGAACAUUGACAACAUGGCAGAACUCCUCAGUGGUAAGGGUGUGAGUCGGGGCCUGUACGGCAGUCUGCUGGCUGGAUCUGAGGUUCCCCAUGGCAACUUUCUUUUGACAGAGGCCCUGUUAGACUUUAUAUCGGAGCUUGUACUGCCCCUGUAUAAGGUAGGCCGAGAGGACCAGCUGCAGGCAUGUAUGGUCUAUAUUCUUCGGGAGGUGUUCCCCGCAUUCCAGAAAUGGCGCUACCUUGGCAACACCAGGAAAGAAAUCAUAGGACAAAAGUGCCUGGGUAUUGCCCACAAGAUCCUGAACCUACAACUGUCAAAGGAGAAGAAGAAUGCAUCCAGGCCCCACAUCCAGCAGCUAUGUGUAUACAGCCUGUUGUUUACGGAAGCAGGGAAAUCCCUUCUUGAAAUCAUAGCUACAGGGGUAGAGACAGUUGAAAUACUCCUGGCUCAACAGUCAAGCCAAUCAGAGGGCAGUGGAGAUGACCUGGUACAGCUGAUACAGAUGGCGUUCUCUGUGAUGAAUCGUCUGCUCCUGCUGAGGUCACAUGAGCAACUCUCCCCAGUGGAGGUAGCUUUGUCUUCCCAGCCUGCUGGGUACCAGAACCAGCAUAUUGUGGCUGUCAUUGCAGAGUACAUUUAUCACCGGACGAGUCCCAAGUUGGCAAGACUGGCCACUCUUUUCCUGCGUCGUCUGGCGGUGGUUCUACCAAUGUCCAUACUGGCCUGUCUGGGUAGCCAAGCUGAGGCUCUAAGGGAUAUAUUCCUCAUGAGACUACAACUUGCUACUGAGGAUCUAAGUCUGAAGACCGGAAUCCUGCAGCUCCUGUCAGUAUGUGUUGAUACGCAGCCUGGGCUUAUAGAGCUCUUCCUCAAUGUCCAGCCAUCAUCUCAGACUGAUGCUAACAAGGAUGGACAGGUGAGCUGCAUCCAGACUGUGUUGGAGUUGAUGGAUGUUGGGCGCCAGGAGACCUAUAGGUGCCCCCCAGACCUGCUGGCUGCAUGUACCAGCUUCAUACAGGCUUUGUGGCAGGGUGGACGGGAGACGGCUAUGGAGGCGCUACGGGCAAAGCCCAACUUCUGGCCAAGCCUGUGUUCCUGUCUGCUCAAGGACCUACCUGAUGUCACCCAGGACAAAAUGUUGGUCCACAGAAUGAAAACUGUCGCCUACACACUCAGACUUCUGGCGCAUGAAAUAUACUCUGUCACCAGUGUCAGACUUGAUGACAACUUGAAGAAAGUGUUCAAAGAGCUGGCUGAGAAAGGCAGAUUGAAAUACUGGUCCACUUACAUCAGUAUUCAGGUAAGAUCGCAGGACUCAGUCAUGCCCCAUGACCUUUCACUGGAGGGGACAGAUCUGUCUGAUAACCCAACGUUUCUCCUCCUCCGAGCUUGGAAGGACUUCUGGGUUGUUAUUGCAAAAAUACAGGUGACGGAGCUGAAGCUUGAGGAAGAGCUUAAGGAGGUCAUCGUGGAAGACCUGUUACAGUCUGUAUAUGCCCAGUUCUCUGACAAGCUGACAGAGUUUGGUCACACAGUGGCCAAGACAUGCAGCGCCCUCUUCUUUACUCUGGUCAGCUCCUGGGGCAGCUGUUUGAAGGACUGGAAGCAGCUGCUUGACCAGUGUGUGGAGACACUUGACCUGUCAAUGACCAGUGGGGACAUGGUCAUCCCCUCCAUACAGAUUGGCCUGCUAGGGACACUGUCCACUCUACUGCAGAGUGUCCGCACUGACCACUCCAAGAAGAUUGACAUGAGAAGACUGCAGACAAUCUUGGCCACAGUGUGUAAGAUGUUACUCCAGACUACCAGGGAACUACCCUCUGUGCAGGAAUUAAAGAAGUUACGGGAAGGACAGGAUGGAGGGGCCGGCUCAUUUGUAAACACAGAUCACAGGAUCAAGUUGCAGAUGGUUGGUUGCUGCACAGUGGACCAACUACUCCACCAGAUAGGUAGCUCGGACCUCUGGUUGCCAUGUUUACAAGAACAUAUGGUGCUUCCUGCACUUCUCUCCUCUGCACACAUGUACCUACAGGGCCAGGAGAGUGUCCACUACAUGCAGACUUUGUUUACACUGUUCAUCACAAUAGCCCAACAUGACAAGGGUGGUGAGGCUUUAUCCCUGGCUGGGCUGACUGGUUACGUGUGCCUACCAAUCUCCUACUGCUAUCAGAAUGGGGACACCAGUAUACAGGGACCCACUCCGAACAAGCAGGCCCGUCAGACUCCACAGCCGGUCACAUGGCUUGGGGUGUACUGUCAGUGUGUGGACCUGUAUACCACACUUCUCACCUCUCUCAAGUUCACCUUCCUCGAGGACGCCUUCAACUUUGUUGGCAGCCACCAGGACAGAAUGCAACAGUGCCUGGAGUGUAGUAGAUUUAACCUGAAGCCCGAGAUAUUUGAGGAAGUUGAGCGCACAUGUGUGUUUGUGGGGCAGCUAGCCAACUACAGCCGCGAGUGGAGACUUCACCUGCCGGAACCCCUCAAUAAAAUACUGACCAGUAUGCUAUUCAUGUGCCAGACAUUUGUGUCGUACCUCGUCAGGCCAAGAUAUCUACAAUAUAUACUUGAGCAGCAGGGAGGGGAGAAGCAGCCGGGGUCCCGUGGCGGGGAACGGUUUCCCGUGGCUACUUUGCACACACAGGCGUCCAUGGAAGACGUGGAUAACCCCAGCACACAGUACACUCAAGUCCAACACAGCCUGUUGAAGGUGAUCGGUGAAAGCCUGGUGGCUCUACGCAGAUUUACUCCCGACCUGGUGCAGAUACUGGUUGAUCAGAACAUGGAUGUUGGGGAAUUUUCUCCUCUAGUCGAAAUUGGAUUCAGCACACCUCCAGUCGACCAUGACGCUCCACCCACCUUUGGAACUCUGUUGUCAUGCAUCACCAUAGCAAUUAAAAUGCUGUCAAAGCUGGAUGGAGGAAGAUCACCACAAAGGUCAGACCAAGCAUCUGCCUCAUCAUCAACAGCAGUAGCAGCCCAGCAAAUUUCAAAGUCACUGGUGAUGUUUGUCCUAGAGAACGCCCUCUAUCUGACCAUGUCACAAGGCAUGUGGUAUCUCAAAGAUCCACGAGUACACCAGCGAGAUAAACAACUGCUGAAACGAGAACUCGGCACAGAAAUGAACUCCAUCUUGUCGGGAAUACAGCGGUACAUCCGUCGUGGGGGUCCUCAGUCCCCAGCAGGGGGGAGCCAGCCCAGCCCUAGGGGACAGUCUCCAGGGGGUCCCACACUCAGUCGCUCCGUCUCACAGACCUUCCUAACAUCACAUGACCAUGCUGUGUUUAGACUGGUUCAGGAAUUCUCCAAGCAAGUCCUCAGAUGAUUGGUUAAUCUAGAAGACUAGUGAAUUAUCUGUGCAAACUGGUUCAAUGAUCUAUUAGAACUAAAAAAAUGGGAAUUUUGGUAGAACUUAUUACAAUUUGCGCAGAAGGAACCAGUGUUGAAUAGGGGAAAUGUGACAUUUGUGAAAAUCAGCAAAAUCGAAAAAAGUAUGGCAUUGGUCAUUAUCAUCAACAUGAAAGAGUGUACACAUACUUGUAUGCUGUUAUGAUGUACUACAAAAAAUGCAAACAGCUGUGGUAGGACUUGUUUAUAAUUCUUUAAAGUAAGUGAAUUAUUAGUUUGUCACCUCUCACACUGACUUGUGUUUGGAUAUAUUUUAAUGAUAUUUUGUCAUUUUCUUGUAUGAAGACAUUCAUUGGGACAUAUAUAUGUAUGAAUAUUAAAUAGUGAAAAAUUAUCUUGAUGAAAUACAUUUAUAUUGUUGCACUUAAAUGUAGAUGUAUUUUGUUCUGAUUGAAUAAAGAAGGAAGAACAGUGUUUAAA